AUGGUUGUUGGCAAACUUGCAAACACGCGCACACAUACACAAACACAUACACGCAAGUGUACAUUUUCGUCUCUCUUUCUCUCAAUCACUCUUUGUUUCUUUUUGCACCCCCCACACGCGCACCUCCCACACACUUUGAAGUGUACAUUUUCGUCUCUCUUUCUCUCAAUCACUCUUUGUUUCUUUUGCACCCCCCCCACACGCGCACCUCCCACACACUUUGAAGUGUACAUUUUGCUCUCUCUCUCUCUCUCUCUCUCGCUAUCUCUUUACAUAUGUAUCUGUCUGUUGCCCCCUCGCUAUAUAAACAUCUAUUUAUCGCUUUCUCCUUUUACUCUAUAUGUAUUUAUCUCUACCCACUCUCUCUAUAUGCAUAGGUAUAUACGCCUUUUCUCCUCUUUCUCUAUACACAUGCAUUUCCUUUCUCUCCACUUGUAUGUAUUUCUUCCCCUUUUCUCCCUAUCUAUCUAUAUAUAUUUAUCUCUUCCCCCUUUCUUUUUAACUUCUUUCUCCCUACUUACGAGCACAUACCCUUAG